AUGACCCAUCAUGGGUUCAAGGAAUUUGCUUCGAAGGGAAGGAAGGGGGCGGAGACAGGGGAAAAGCAAAUGGCAGAGGAGAUAGAUACGACAAAGCCUGUCGGCCAGGAGGGAGACCGAAAGAACACGACUCAACCCGAUUACUUCUCAGUCAAAACUCUUCACUCCGCCGACUCGGACAGAAAGAAGUCCGACAAGGAGGUCGGCAUUCUCAAAGCCAUGAAAAAAAAGCCGCACCCACAUAUCAUCACCCUAUUGGUCACGUACGAGUAUGACGAGAAAUUCCAUCUUCUCUUCCCGCUGGCCGACUGUGACCUUCUCCAGUACUGGAAAACAGGAAACAAGUCACAAGCCCACAAUGACGAGGGCACGGCAAGGUGGCUAGCUCAGCAAUGUCAUGGCCUCACAUCAGCACUAAGACAAGUCCAGCAGAGCUCAAGAUCUUCUUCCGACGGCUUUGAAGAACGAGCAAAGCUUGUCAGAAGGUCUCUGUUUUGUAGUGAAUUAGAUAUUCAUCAAAACAUGAGCGAUCCUGACCCGAGAACGCUGGUCUGUCAACAUGGGGACCUGAAACCCCAGAACAUCUUGUUGAAAGACAGGUGUCGAUUGGCACAGCGUAUGACAUUUGGUCCCUUGGAUAACCCUCAGUUCGCCGAUGACAUGCGCGAAAGAUCGGAAUGUACAAGGUUUUUCCACGAUUUCUUGGAUUUGAUUCAGCACAGAAUGCUGGUCAUCGACCCGAAGCAAAGUUCCUCCCAGUUGGAGGAACAACUCAGAGAAUUAAAGGAUAGAGGCGAUCUCGACGCGGGAUAUUUCGUGAGGCAGAGGUGGAAGUGA